GUUAUGUUGUUAUUGUCGGUGUUUAAUUGUUUUCAGUGACUUUAUUUCUUUUUUAUAAAGGUUUAUAGUUGAUGAAAUAUUUUUCAUCAUAAUAUACGGACUAGUGCUUUGAAUAGUGUCUUCGGUUCUCGAAUAUUUGGAACGAAGGCUCUGUUUGCUGUAAUUCAGAACAAAUCUGAGUUUUAUUGAAACAGUCCUGAAGUCACGACAGCUGCCAAGAUGAUGCUGAUGGGCGAUGGGCCCCCCAAAGAAAGGGGCCGUCAUAGGACCAAAGUCGAAAACGACAUUAUUAGCAGAAGGGAACGGGAUUUUCGCCAUCAACAAAUGUGGACCGGAGCUGUAGAUUACUACAAGCACUGGGGCAAAAUCAACACCAAAUUUGAGGAAUGGACUUCGCCUAGAUACUACGAGGAUAACAACAAAAUGCUCUGCGAUAUGAGGACGAAAAGGGACAAAGAGGAACUAUUAGAAAAACGAAGAACGCGCCUGAAGAAACUGUUAGAAGAAGAAGAGAAAUCUUACGAAGUCGAGCUCAUGGUGAAGAAGAAUCUCCAAGCUGUACAUAAACCGGGAAAAUCAAAAGAAGAAGAUAUCGAGGUCCUUAAAGAAAUCAGCAGUAGUUUUCGAACCAAAGAAGAAGAAAGGAAGAGACGGGAAGCUGAACUGAAGUUAUACCAUCAAUGGAGAAACAAUAAUCCCAUAGUAAGACAGUACGAAAGCAAGUAUAAGAUUGCCGAUAUGAAAUUGUCUUGGUUAGACCAACAAAUCGAGAAGAAAAUGCAAAAAGAAAAGGAAGAAAAUGAACGUAAACUAUUUAUAAAACAGCAAGAAGAACGGCUGAAGCAAGAACAGCUAAAAGAAGGAAAACGACAAGCUGAAAUCAAAGAGAAAAAGUCUCUACUUAGGGAAAAUUUAAAUAAACAAAUAGAAGACCUCAAAGAAAUGCAAAAACAGAGUGAAAGUCUAAAACAAAUAGAACUAGAAGAUAUACAACGUAAACAACAAAUAUUAAACUUAGAGGAAGAAACCAAAGAAGAAGAAAGGACCAGACUGGCUAAAGAAUGUGCCUUAUACAACGUAAAACAACACAAACUAAAAUUAAAACAAAAAGCUCUUCUAAUUCAAGAAUCUUUAGCUAAAGAGAAAGAUCUUAUUCUUAAAAUGAAACGCUUAGAAUUAGAAGAUCUUAUCCUAGACAAAAUCAAAAAGCAAGAAAUCAAAAAAGGCUUGCAGGAAUUCCUUGAAAUUGUUAGAGAGCAAGAAGAGUUAGAGCGAUGUAGGCAAAAGUAUCUAGAGUUUAUAUUUGAAUCUGAAGCCAAAUCGGUUUAUGAGAAACAGCUCGAAAUAUGGAACAAGGAAGAAUCUUGCCGUAGGUCGCUUAUGAAGGAAGUACUGGACACGGUUAAGGAACAAAUUAACUAUAAGCUCGAUCAAAAUAAACAGAAACAAGAAGAUAUUUUGAAAGAACGCGAAGAAAUGAUUCAGAAAAUUGAAGAGUACGAUAAGGAGAUGGAAAUGUUGAAAGAGGAAGAGCAGAAGGAUAAGCAAAGACAGAGAAAGAUAUUAGAAAAAGACAUAGCUUUACAAAAAGCAAAAAAGAAAGAGAGUGAGAAUUUAAAAUUGAAAGAGAUCGAUGAAGAAUUAGAAAGAGUCAGGAAAGAAGAAGAACGCUUACAGAAGGAGAUAAUGGCGAUGCAAAGAAAAAGAGGUCCACUAAGACCUCCUCCGAGGUCUAGGUUGUUUUAUUAGUUGUUAUUUAAGUUGAAUUGUAUUUGUAUUAUUUUUUUAUUUUGAUUAUGGUGCUGUACUAAUGCGUACUAACAAUAUUUGACUAUAAUUGUUUAUUUUUUUUACGAAUAAAACCUUAAUUUUAA